AUGGAAAUCGUGGAAGAAGUACAAAAUCAACCUACAAUUUCCAAAAAACGUAUGAAGUUCAAAGAAAUCGUGGAGGAGAGGGGAGAAGAUCGAGUCAGUUCGUUACAAGAUUGCUUGCUUCUUGAAAUCCUCUCUCGUUUACCCUACACAAAAGACGCUAUUGGAACAGGUACGCUCUCGAAGCGAUGGAAACAUCUCUGGAUUUGGGUUCCUUCUCUGAUUUUCAGUGAUCAUAAUCUUCCGUCGUGGAAGUUCUUUUCGUUCGUCAACAAAACCCUAACUCAAUGUCGCCAAUUGAAGCUCAAAAAAUUCGAAGUGUCUAUCUUUUAUGAUAUACAUUCUGGAUCGCAACUCAACAAUUGGAUUCAUUAUGCUAUAAGACGAAACGUUGAAGAGCUUAAUUUAAUGAUACGUAAUGUGGACGUGAGAGAUAAGUUUCUGUUAGAUCAAUGUUUCUUCAACAGUUCAUGUUUUACAGAUCUCACAUUAGAAGGCUGCAUGUUGAAUCCAUGUGGGGCUAUUAGUUGGAAAAAUCUUAGGAGUUUGUGGAUUUGUGAAGUGCAUUUAAAUGAAGAUCUGAUUGAAAAUAUAAUAGCAGGGAGUCCUGUAUUGGAAACUUUGAUGUUUGUGAAGUCGUGA